CCAGUCGGCAUGUAUGGGGGAGAAAACAUAGCGAUGAACACCCAGUCAUUCGACAAAGGUCCUAAAACAAUAUCACGAAAUCCAUCCGACAACCAUGACAACAACGGUGGCGUCUCAAAAGGUGGCACCAGGUCCAUUGUCGACGAUUUUGUCGACAACGCGACGACCCACGGCAUUCCGCGAUUCCUGAAUUCAUCUCGCUCGUCGAUUUCUCGUCUAUUUUGGUGCGUUGUUACGUUGGUACUGCUAGGAGCGCUCCUUUACCAGGGUUCGAAGCUCGUCAUCGCCUUCACCGGCCGGCCGACCACGACCAAGAUAUCGCUCAUCACUGAAUCGAAGCUCGAAUUCCCGUCAGUCACGAUUUGUAACCUGAAUAUGAUGCGGAGAUCAAAAUUAAAUGGUACCCGGUUCCAAACACUUGCAAAUUUGGACGUAGAUCACCAAGUCAGCGGAAUUGGUGUCGACGAUUCGGACUACGAUUGGUUCUUUAGCAGCGACGAUUCUCCUCCCGUUUCGACACCGGAAGAACCCUCGACCACCCCGCCAUCCAAUCGACGUCGCCGUGCAGUUCCAGAGUCAAGCGAUUCUUUUAGUUAUUUGGAAUAUGCUUACGAUGCAUUUGAUGAGAUCGACGACGAGAACGAUUGGGAGAGAUUCUAUGACAGCUCAACUGCAAGUGAUUUCAGUGAUUUCCAGGCCGUGGUUAGACCGACGAUUGAAGAGCUCAAGGAGUAUGGUCACCAGGCCAAAGACUUUAUUCUGCAGUGUACCUUUGAUACACAGCCUUGCAGUUAUAGAAAUUUCACCGUUAUUCAAAAUGUCAACUAUGGGAACUGUUUUGUGUUCAACAAUGCCCAUAAAAUGAACAGAAACAUUUCUAUCAAUACAACGAGAACUGGCUCCCAAUAUGGCCUUCACCUGACGCUGAUGGUGGAGCAGCCUGAAUAUAUUGGUGUUCUGAGCCCGGAUUCUGGGGUCAAGGUCGCCAUCAACGACCCUCGCAUCCACGCUUUCCCUGAAGAUGAUGGUGUCAUGGCACCACCAGGGGUUGCCACUUCAAUCGGACUUAAGAAGACGACAAUCAACCGAUUAGGCGAUCCUUUUGGUAAAUGUAAGAGUGGCCACUCCUCGGUCUAUUACCAACCUGAGAAGUACGACUUCAGCCAACGUUCCUGUAUGAAAAUGUGCCUCCAAAUGACCAUGAAGAAAAACUGUUCCUGUAUUACUGAUAUCCUCAUCAAUGGCUCUAUGUGUGGGGCCAUUGACAAAGACCAAGUGAAAUGCAGAUCGCGCGUUUUAAGAGAGUUUCUAAAAAACAACAUCGGAUGUUCAUGUUCCAAUCCAUGCAGUGAAACCAUAUUUACCCCAACAUUAUCAACAUCUCGAUGGCCUGGUGUACGAUACGAGGCUCAUAUGUACAACAGGCUAGCGAACAUCAGUGAAAAGGCAGCAAGACUUCUUACUGAUGUUGAACAUUCUAGAAAUAAUCUUGUUCGUCUGAGGGUUUUCUACGAAGAACUCAAUUUCGAGAAAGUUCAAGAAUCACCAUUAAUCACAGUUGAAGCUCUCUUUGGUGGUGUUGGAGGGCUGAUGGGUCUGUAUGUUGGUAUGUCUUUCAUAUCCUUGAUGGAGAUAAUGGUUUUUAUCUCGGAAUUACUUCGGUCUCUGUGCUGCCCGAAGAACAUCUCAAAACAUAAUGCCAAGGUUUCUGGACAUUGAAAACUAAUCAUGACGGAGAAGAAUCUUCUCAUCUCAGACUGUCGAGAAUCCAUCUAGAUAAUCUUUUUUUUCUGUAGAGAUUUCGUUAAAUGGAUAACAGCGUACUUAGAAAAUAAUGCAAGUGCUUAUAGCACGGUCCUCAAAGCGGAAUGCGAAAAUUCGAAUACAAAAACCUCGGAUAAUAUAUAUAUAUUUUUUUAAACAAGAACAUACCUCGUUACAAAUUAUGCGUAAAGCAUUUCCUUUUAUUUGAAUGCAGGAUAAAAGAGCAUAGGUGUCGUAGCCGGGGAUCGAAUCCCGGACUUUCCAUGUAUAGCCAGGCGCCUUAGACCACUCGGCCACGGCACCUCCUUUUUUUUUUUAAAACAAACAAGUGCACACCUAGUUACCAAUAAUGCAUAAAGCAUUUCCAUUUAUUUGAAAGCAGGAUAAAAGAGCAUUGUAGAUUAAAUGCCUCCAGGCUCACGGGCAUAGGUGCCGCGGCCGGGGAUCGAACCCCGGACUUUCCAUGUAUAGCCAGGCACCUAAGACCACUCGGCCACGGCACCUCCACUUAAAAAGGUUGAAAUGUGUUUGUCUGUUUGUAAACAUUAUAAAAUAAUUCACAAUAGUCAUAUACUAUGAGAUUUAUAUACGAUCAUGACGCCGAUAUGCCGAUGAGCAGAUGAGCUGUAAUCAUUGUAUCUGUGCAAUCAUAGCUUCUAAUGUGACCCUUGGCCUUGAUUUGAUUUGUACAAAUGCGGAGUAAAAAAAAAAUUAACAUAAUUUUAGGUCCGUUUAAAAACAAAUGUAAGGUUUAAGCAUAUACUUUACGCAGGCCUACCUCGCAUUUUUGUCGAAGAAAGGUAAAGUCGCAGUUAUAUGUUGUAUUACAUUCGUAGAAUUACGCUCCACUUUAGUUUAGGAAUUUUCUAAAUACACAUAAUUAUGGACAAAUUAUGAGCAAAAUUGAUUUGUAUAUCACUUUAAAAAUUCGAAUGUAAAUGUAAUAUAGCAAUGUGAUCGAAUAGCAAAUGAUUGUGACACCUAUUAGUUAUGUUUCUUUGUUUAUUAAUCUUAAAUCCAAAAUUAUAUACUAUAUCACUAUAUUUCAAAUGCUUUUUUUAUAAACACUGAAAUUUUUCUACUUGAUAAAAUCUGAAAUCUCAUUUCUCCAUUACUUUGCCACUGUAUUGUGACCAUUUUUUCCAGAAUUUAUAUACAGUACUAUAUAUACGGAUACAAAUAAUUUAUUUAUGUUAUAUAUAAUAAAUUGUAUGUUUCAUUUUGUAUGUGAGCUUAUGUGGAUUUAGAAGCUACAUUUACAUCUAUUUAUUAAAAAGGUUGAAAUGUGUUUGUCUGUUUGUAAACAUUAUAAAAUAAUUCACAAUAGUCAGAAUGAGAAUAAUGCAUUCUGAUGGAAGUAAAGGUAAUGAUAUGUAGAUAAAUAAGUGGUCACCUUAAUGAAUGGUUUACAUAGGCCAACUAUAGUAUCGUAGGUGUGUGCUUACAUAAUUAUGUAACAAUGUAACAUUGUAGAAAUCACACUGAAAAGACUAGGAAAAUGUAUGGAUAAAUAUAUAUGACAUCAUAUUCUCA